GCAUCAUGGCAGUGCCUCAGCUGGGAUACGGAGACGUGGUCACGGCCGGCAAGGGGUCGGCGAUGACCGGUCUGCAGGCGGUGUUUGUGGAGAGGCGGGCGGCGAUGCUGGGCUCGCCCGGAGCCGCGCUCAGUCUGGGGGUCCCCCCGCCUCUCCACGCUCUCCUAGCUCGCCACCCCGGCACCUAUCCCAUUCCACACGGAUACAGCCUGCAGCCGUAUCCCGAUCUCAGGCAUCUCCCUCAUCUGGCUUCACACUACGAUUUGAAGGCAGGCGGCGUCUAUUCCCAGGCCAGUUUUGCUCCGGCCGGCGCUCUGUACUCUCCCUACCGGCCGCUGGCGCACGGGGACGCGGGGCGAGUCAAGAACGCCACCCGAGAGAGCACCAGUACCCUGAAGGCGUGGCUCAACGAGCACCUGAAGAAUCCGUACCCAACCAAAGGGGAAAAAAUCAUGCUGGCCAUCGUCACCAAGAUGACCCUGACCCAGGUCUCCACCUGGUUCGCCAACGCCAGGAGGCGACUAAAGAAGGAGAAUAAAAUGACGUGGGUGCCCAAAACCAAAUCGGACGAGGAGGAUAGCGAGAGCGACGACGAAGAUGAUAAGAAAGAGGAUUUGAACAAGGGAAAGGAUGGGAAACCAUGUAAAGGUGGACUGGAGCCAUCUUCCACUGGUUGUGAAAACAGGGCGCUGGGCAAGGGUGCCACAGACUGCAACAAGGACGGAGAUAACGGGUUGAGACCAACAAACUUGGAGCCAACUGAGAUGAGGAAAUCGGAAUUGAGCGCAACUGAGGAGGAAGUCGGUGCAAAGGUAUCGGUCAGCACUAGACCCAGAGAGGACACUGCAACUCUCAAACCCAAGAUAUGGUCUCUUGCGGAAACUGCUACUUCAGACCAUGGGAAAGGCCAUCGGCUCGCUGUAAGCAGCGACCAGCCGGUACCUCCGGCCGCCGUCGGUCACUAUAGGAUCUGGGCUGGCGCCUGCUUUGCUGAGGGGCAGCUCUUGCUAAACAACCAUUGCAGGAGGGAGUCUGAGAGAGAACUUGUAGGUCCUGACCAAUGAGCAAGGGGCGAAUGCAACUCGAAAUCCGAACCAGGGGAAGCUUUGUCGGUGUAAUGAAUUCCCGAAACUCUGCACUUCCACCCGGCCUGGGGACCUCUCACCAGGACAAUUACGCCUGUCAGUUGUGCGAAUGAGCGUGAACCCACACAGUUCCUCAGUAGCCGUGGGUUAAAGGAAGUGGGCGGUGGCCCAGGGGAUUAAUUUAUAGCAAUUAUCGCGUUUUUACUACAACCCUCGACAAUUAACACAGCUGAUUUUUCUUUAGUAAAGGUCAACCUUUGACCAUUCCCUUCACACUGCUAAACGCACAAAGCCACACAGCUGGACAUAGAGGGCAUUUUAGCUAAAGAUGUAUCAAUAUUAUAAAUAGUCCAUAUGUGUAUAGCUAGUUCCCAAACUGAUCCUUCUCUUGGUCUACACAUCAAACACAAACGGCUGGAUAUUAUUGCAUGGUGCAAACGCACGCAGUGAUCUGGUUAAACUAGUAACCCGAUGCAAGAGGGCAGUAGAUUGCCUACAUUCACUUGAAGGUUUAACUAUCAGGCGAUGUAUGUAACGUUCCAAAUUUAUCUUGAUACGUUCCAGCUAAUUCCCAGCUCUAAUGAAAUCUGUUCAAUCACAUUCAAAUCAAAGGAGGCUAACAUGCUCGAUAUCGUUUUACUCCACUACAGAGGCUGUUUGUACUUAGGUUUUCGUUGUCCAGGAUGAGCGAAGGGAUUUUAAAAAUGUAAACUCAUCUCGAUAGCCUUUGAUCAGCGUUAAAUUACGCCAGCUUGGUCUUUAUGAAAAUGUAAGAGAGGGCACUGAAACGAUUAUAAAACCUGCCUGCUUGAAAAUUAUCUCCAGGUGCUUAGAUUUCUUGGGCUUCCCCUCACCCCAAACAUAAAAAGAGCGAUUCUAAUUUACCGACACGGAAGCUUUUAAGGAGUAAGAACCAAUGAGCCAAAAAUUGAGUUAUUAGAAGUGUGCACGUGCAUAUGAAUUCAUCCUCGAAUUCAAUUAUCCAUUAAACUUGCAUAUUAAAUCCGUGGUUGAGAUGAUUGAAACAAAUUAUUUCGGUGAUAUAGAAAUGUAUUUCCGUUGUGUAUAGGACAGGAAUCCCAUUUCUUAAAAGAGCCGAUAAAAAAAAAGUUGUGAUGGGUACCCUGUGUUCAGUGAAUGUGGGUGCAAAUAGGUUUGCCUCACUUCAGAUACUUUACUCUUGGUUAUUAGAGCACCCUUACAAAAUUACAACAGCCUCUUCUCAUUUUAACCAUCUUAAGUAAUGACUGGAGCAAAUCCUAUUACCGGCCCAUCACUCGCCUUUUCCAGUUGACUGUGGUAAUAGUGAUUUUAUAACCAAAAGCGGAGUUUGCAAAAUAAAUCAGAGGGCGUUUUCUGUCAAGGUUUAUAUGUUUUAUAUUAAAAAGGUGUUUGUACAAAAUAAAACUGUAAAUAAACAUUGGGAUAUAAAUAAUUUAUAUUUUGC